AGGUAUCACGUGUCUUCACUCUCUCACUGUUUCCCUAGCGUUAGCAAUAGUCUGCUCCAGAGUGGAGCUUGUAUUGCAGCAUCGUCUAGUUUGUCCUAGCUUCAUCCACACCCUACAGUAGCUUUUAUUACAGCCAACAUCUGGGCAGAGGAUGCAGGAACGAUUUCAGUAAUCAUGCUCCAACAACGUCGCUCCGAUUUGAAACGCUUCUUUGUCCAACAGAGAUAAGAUUUGAGUAGUCGUGGGUCUUUUGCCUGCCUGAUUGGGUGAAAUCUGUGAAAACGUUUUGGAUUCAUUCUGUACGAAUGUUAAACGCUGUUACUUGUCUCCUGGGGAUUUUUUUUUCAAGAUGAGGUUUGUUGCUAUAGAAAUAUCAAGGCUUUGCAGUGAGAGCAAAUUAGUAAUACACACAAUAGGUAAGCACACGAUAGCUUGUCUAACGUUUAGAUAGGUACUGUAUUAUACAGUAUGUAUCAAAAUAUGUGAUUUAUUUAAACCUCGUUUUCUAGUGCAUACACGACGGAUAAAAAUAUCUCGCCAUUCCGUACAGUACAGGCAGGUUUGAGUGAGCGGUGUAUUUUGGAAAAAAAACUAUUAAGUCUGCAGGAUCCUCAUGUUUCAGUGACUAUCUGAAAUCUAGCAAUGUUUUCAAUUCAACCAGACUGAGGAGCGCCUCCCUUCUUAGCGAGACCCGAUCCUUAAAUGACCUAUAGCUAAAGGCAAUGUGAUCUAUUGCCCAGAUCAUGGCAUGUGGCUCAUUCCAAAUUUUAACAAGCGUGGCGCUGAGGAUCACUAGAGAAAAUGGGGAUCAAGUCCAGGAAUGUUGGUAAUGCUUCGGUGGAACAGAGAGACAAAAAGGCCGGCUUGCCCGGAGACUUGGAUCAAGGCACUUUGGGCUUGGGGGCUGGGGCUGAUAAAGAUGGAGCUCUUUUGCUGGUGGGUCCAAGCCGAGACGAUUUCAAAAGGGGAUCACAGGGAAUUGGACUUCUAGCCAAAACUCCCCUGGGGUACACGAGACCGGUAAAGCGGAAUAACAUCAGGUACCGAAGAACUCAGAACUUGAUAUACGACGCACUCGAAAGACCCAGAGGAUGGGCUCUGCUCUACCACGCGUUUGUGUUUCUGAUCGUGCUGGGGUGCUUAAUCUUGGCCAUAUUGACAACUUUCAAAGAACAUGAAAAAGUAUCUGCACAUUGGCUCGUUAUAUUGGAAACCUUCACCAUAUUCAUAUUUGGAGCAGAGUUUGCAUUACGAAUCUGGGCUGCGGGUUGCUGCUGUCGAUACAAAGGAUGGAGGGGGCGUCUCAAGUUUGCCCGGAAGCCUUUGUGUAUUUUGGAUAUCUUUGUGCUGAUCGCCUCUGUGCCAGUGGUGGCAGUUCGGAAUCAGGGGAAUGUCUUGGCCACGUCGCUGAGGAGCUUGCGUUUCCUGCAGAUUCUCCGAAUGCUGCGAAUGGACAGGCGAGGGGGAACAUGGAAGCUUUUAGGUUCAGCCAUUUAUGCGCACAGCAAGGAGCUCAUCACUGCCUGGUACAUAGGAUUCCUUUCCCUCAUCCUUGCAUCAUUCCUGGUAUACCUGGUGGAAAAAGAUGACAUCACUGUGGAGGUGACAGAUGGACCCACCACUCAGCCUCCGUCCCAGGACUUCGAUACAUAUGCGGACGCCUUGUGGUGGGGUUUGAUAACAUUAACUACUAUAGGGUAUGGGGACAAAACACCUAAGACAUGGGCUGGCCGACUGCUGGCUGGAACAUUUGCACUCAUUGGAGUCUCAUUCUUCGCAUUGCCAGCGGGAAUUCUGGGCUCAGGGUUGGCUUUGAAAGUCCAGGAGCAACACAGACAGAAGCACUUUGAGAAGCGAAGACACCCUGCCGCCGGCCUGAUACAGUCAGCAUGGCGAUACUAUGCCACCAACCCAGUCAGGAGUGAUCUGAUUGCCACAUGGAGAUUUUAUGAAUCCAUCAUAUCCCUGCCUUGUUUCAGAAAGGACCAGAUGGAAGGAGUGGCCAGCAGCCAAAAGUUAAGCCUUUUGGAGCGUGUCCGUCAGUCUAAUCCAAGAGCUUCAGCCAUUAAGGGCAAGUUGUUUAUGCCAAUGAGCACAGACACCAUUGAAGAGAGCCCAUCCAAGGAACCUAAGCCAGGGGGCUUCAGUAAUAGAGAGAGAUUCCGCACUGCCUUCCGCAUGAAAGCAUACGCCUUUCGACAGAGCUCAGAAGAUGCUGCAGCUUUGCCUGAUCCUGCAUGUGAGGACAGGGGCUUUCCAAGUGACCUAAUACUGGAAGAGAUGAUACCUACUCUAAAGACCGUUAUCAGGGCUGUGAGAAUUUUGAAAUUUCUUCUGAACAAAAAGCGAUUCAAGGAGACUCUGAGGCCUUAUGAUGUGAAGGAUGUGAUAGAGCAGUACUCAGCUGGGCACCUUGACAUGCUGUCUAGAAUCAAAUACCUCCAGACAAGAAUAGAUAUGAUCCUGGCCCCUGGACCCCCUUCAACCCCAAAACAUAAGAAGGCCCAGAAAGGACCCUUUUCCUACCCUUCCCAGCAAUCUCCUAGACACGAUCCCUACAUAGCCAAAGCAUCAGGACCAGAGGCAGAAGACCAAAGCAUGAUGGGAAGAUUUGUGAAAGUUGAAAAACAGGUGGAGCACAUGGAGAAGAAGCUUGACUUCCUGGUUGACAUGCACAUCCAGCGCAUGGACCACAUGCAAGUAGACCCCGUAACAAACGAAGUGGCAGUAGAUUCUUGCAUUCCCCAGAGCCACACUGCAGAAAAAGAGGACAGCCGCUACACAGAGAUCAGGAGGGUGUUCUUCAACUAUGCGGAAACCUGUCCUCACAUGUCCUUUCAGAUCCCAGUGAGCAAGGUGAUGCCUUAUGGCUUCUUUCAGAAGGAGCCAAGUGACACUGGGUUCCCCGCAGAUAGGCCUGGAUGCAUUAUGCUACCUCCAUCAACUGUCCCUUCCUACAUGGAGAGACCCAGUGUUUUACCUAUUAGCACACUGAUGGACACCAGGAGGGACUCUGAUGGUGAGUUCCAAAGCCCAUUCAUGGAUUAUUUGUCACCAAGGCAGGGGCGGACUGUGGUGAGGGACACGGACACUCCUCUGUCACUGCUGUCCGUCAACCAUGAAGAACUGGAAAGGUCUCCCAGUGGCUUUAGUAUCUCUCAAGACAGAGAUGAUUUGACUUUUGGGCCUUGUGGAGGAGGUUCAAGUUGGAUGAAGGAGAAGCGGUACCUAGCAGAGGGUGAAACAGACACUGACACUGAUCCUUUCACACCUAGUGGGCCUCUUCCUUUGUCAUCCACGGGUGAAGGGUUUCCUGAUUCAGUAUGGACCACUCCCAGUAACCCCAAUUAGCAGGGCGUCAGUGAGGGAGGGCUGCACAUGGGUCAAAUGGUGUAAGACAAAAGAACUGACCACGAUAUGUAAAGUAUACACAAUUUGUACAGUUCACCUCAUUGAGAAGUUAAAAUCAAUCACCCAAAGCUUUAUCGCUGCAAAGCAAACGGCACUGCAUGUAAUGCAUGCAAAUUUAGUGGUAGACACUACAAAGUUCAGGUAAUGAAUAAAAAGAACAAAAUGUAACAUUAAUAAUGAAAGCUAUACCAUUUCAUAACAUUUUUUAAAUAAAGGUUUCUUUUUUGUUAUUUUUUGUGCAUGGUUUGCAUGGAGCUGCACCUUUUAGAGAAAGGGUUAAACCAAAUUUCUUCAGCUUUAUAAUACAGUACAUGUGGCUUAGAUGCUUACUUUUCGGUCAGAGACAACGUGUAAAGUGUAUUUUAGUUUUGGUGCCUUUUUCUGUUCAGUGCACCAUGGAUCAGCCUAUAUACUUCCUAACCUUGCUUACAUGACUUUGGUUAAACUUUGUUAAGAUGCAGUAUGCACUUGUUAAAAUAGCAACUUCCAGUACUUUAAGAACAGUCAAAGAAUUUUCACAAUUUUUAAAUAAUAUUUCAAAAAACAAAAAAAGGGGGAGAAGUGAACAUUUCUGCAACUUUGUGGUGUUUGUUAUUUCAAAAAUGGUGUUCUGUGCAUUCCCAAGUGCAUCCAAAACAGUAAGUAUCACCUUCCAUGAAAACUGUUUCGUUACAAAAAA